UUUUUUUUUUUUUUUUGUAAAAUUUAACUCACUUAAACAGAGAGAGAGAGAGAGAGAGAAAGGGAAGAGGUAGUAGUAGAGAAUCUAGAGAUGCAAUUAGCAAUUAGCACGGCGGGCAGCGUUUAUGUUGGGUCUACGGUUCGGAAAAUAAACAAAGAAAGAAAAAAAAAGGUCCUCUCCUUUCCUUUCUUUUUCUUCUCUCUCUCUCUCUCCAAUAUCACAUCCAGGUCUUCAAGACAGAUAGAGAGGAGCUCCUACUUCAGUUUCUCUCUCUCUCUCAUUUCUCCUCUUCUUUGGUCGAUCUCGACCAAAGAAAUCGUCAUCGUCAUCAUCAGCAUCAGCAUCAGCAUCAGCAGCUGCUUAGGGGUAUGGCAGCGGAGAAGCCCAAAGCACCUGGGGUGUGGCCCACUGUGAAGCCCUUCGUUAAUGGCGGCACCUCCGGCAUGCUCGCCACCUGCGUCAUCCAACCCAUCGACAUGAUUAAGGUCAGAAUUCAGUUGGGGCAGGGAUCCGCUGCGCAGGUCACGAGGAACAUGCUUCGGGAUGAGGGCCCUGGUGCUUUUUACAAGGGGCUGUCUGCUGGAUUGCUGAGGCAAGCUACAUAUACAACUGCACGACUUGGAACUUUUAAAAUAUUGACAAACAAAGCUAUUGCUGCCAAUGACGGGAAGCCAUUGCCUCUAUAUCAGAAGGCUCUUUGUGGCCUUACUGCUGGAGCCAUUGGAGCAUGUGUUGGUAGCCCAGCAGAUUUAGCACUGAUCCGUAUGCAGGCCGAUGCCACUUUACCUGCCGCGCAACGCCGAAAUUACACAAAUGCGUUUCAUGCACUCUACCGUAUUGUCGCUGAUGAAGGGGUUUUAGCACUGUGGAAAGGGGCAGGGCCUACUGUUGUUCGAGCAAUGGCGUUGAACAUGGGAAUGCUUGCCUCUUAUGAUCAAAGUGUUGAGUUUUUCAGGGAUUCUGUUGGUUUGGGUGAAGCUAGUACUGUAGUAGGAGCUAGUGCAGUUUCAGGAUUCUUUGCUUCAGCAUGUAGUUUACCUUUUGAUUAUGUUAAAACUCAGAUACAGAAGAUGCAGCCUGAUGCCAGUGGGAAGUAUCCAUACACUGGCUCUCUGGAUUGUGCCAUGAAAACUUUGAAAUCUGGGGGACCCUUCAAAUUCUACACAGGCUUUCCUGUCUACUGUGUUAGAAUCGCUCCACAUGUCAUGGUACUCUCUGUCUCUGUGUGUGUGUGUAGAGGCUCCACUUCUAAAGUUGGAGCACUGCACUGUAGUUUGCAGUGGACACUAGCUAAAAACCUCAUCCACCCUCCCCCCCCCCCCCCUCCCCCUCUUUUCUUUCUCUUUCAGCUCUAAUUUGACAAUUAUAUAUGGCUUCUUCGUUUUGGGGCUUAUCCUGAUUUCUUUGUGUGAAGCAAUAGUUUGCCCUGCAUCUCAUUGAUCACCUCUCCCCCCCCCCCCCCCCCCCCCCAAGGCCCCCAUUCAAAUGCAUCAAUUUUUGUGGAAUUGUUACAUUUUCCCCCCUAAAUUUUGCCACUGGCUCCAACACCCUUGAAUUUGAGUAUUUACAAAAUUCUGAAAAGGCCUUGGUUGCAAAAACAAUAUCUCUGAUUUUUAUUGAUGGCUGGUUUUGCAGAUGACGUGGAUAUUCCUAAACCAAAUCCAAAAACUGCAGAAGUCUGCUGGGUUGUAGAGCUCAGGAUAGAGGAAUUCUUCAUUGGAGCUUUGCUCUGCCUCCAUGAUAAUAACAAAUCGGAUUUGUGUUGUAGAUGAGUCUGGUUUUGUGUUAGUUGACAGCCUCAGAACAUUUACUUCUGAGAUUUUUGUAAGACUUGGUUAAUAAUUUGUUGAACCUGUAUUGGAAAUCAUAAAUGGGUGAUUUUUUGGGGGUGAUUGAUUAGGAA